UAAAACAGCUGAUGAUCGGUGGGCGUCAUGGACGUUUUCAAGGAAAAUAUUAUUUAUAGGUUAUAAUUAUUGUGUGAUUUGUGAUGUAAUUGCAAUGCUUAUUCUGAGUUGAAUAUCAAUUGUCAAAUCUAUCCAGUUUAUUACGAAUGUGCUUUAAAAAACCAAGUUUUUAUUCAAACAAUUAUCUUUGAAUAACCUAACCCUUCCUCUGAGUGAUGAAUGUGAGAAACUUUACCGGCAAAUGUGUUCUAAGAUACACAAACCAUUUUCUCAAUUUGGUGGAUAGGACUUCAAACAUUAACAGAAUACUAUGUUUACAUGUAUCAGAUAGAAAUAGUUCAUUUAAAAGUAGUCGUAAUGUAAGUUGUGCUAGUCAUAAAGUGGGAAAUCUACCAAAAUGCUUGAAUGCCAUACCACCAGUGAUACAUUAUCAUAGUCUAGAAAAUAGGAACAAACGUUUAGGCAAGAAUUUAGUUGAUAGUAGAAUGUACCUUGUACAUAAACGAAAUGGACGUUUUGCUGCCUCUCUAAUCAACAGUCUACCACCGAAAUGUCAUCCGUACGUGAAGCUUAUGAGAGCUGACAGACCUAUUGGAUCGUGGCUUCUCUUCUGGCCAUGCGGUUGGAGCAUAGCAAUGGCGGCCGAUCCGGGAUGUUGGCCCGAUUUGAAAAUGUUGACAAUUUUCGGAGUGGGAGCUUUUGUCAUGAGAGGAGCUGGAUGUACCAUUAAUGACAUGUGGGACAAAGACAUUGAUCAGAAGGUGGAAAGAACCAAAUCGAGACCAUUGGCUAGUGGACAGUUGACACAAUGGGACGCCCUAGUAUUUCUUGCCGGUCAGUUGAGUGUGGGGCUGACCAUUCUCCUUCAACUCAACUGGUAUAGCGUGUUUCUCGGUGCUAGUUCCCUAGGUUUGGUUAUAGUCUACCCGCUGAUGAAGCGUGUGACCUACUGGCCGCAACUAAUCCUUGGAAUGACCUUCAACUGGGGGGCGCUGCUGGGGUGGGCCGCGGUGCGGGGAGAGUGUGACUGGUCCAUCUGUUUGCCCCUCUACUGCGCAGGCGUAUGUUGGACCAUUGUCUACGACACCAUUUAUGCGCAUCAGGACAAAGUAGACGACCUGCUAUUAGGCAUCAAAUCGACGGCACUGAAAUUCCAGAACAAAACGAAGCUGUACCUGUCAAUGUUUGGUUCAGGCAUGAUCGGUGGACUUAUCACGUGUGGCCUCACUGUGGGGCAGACGUGGCCUUACUACGGCGCAGUUGGACUUGUCUCGGCACAUAUUAUCAAUCAGUUGUAUUCUUUGGAUAUCGACAACCCUACAGAUUGUGCGGAUAAAUUCAUUUCCAACCAUAACGUGGGACUUCUGCUAUUUGCUGGUAUAGUUCUGGGAAAUUUAUACAAAGAAAAGAAACAGAAACAAAAUCUACUAGUAGAAGCCGAUCAAAUACAGUCUUCAAAAGUUUUACUAACGUAGAACACUGUUUAGUUAUUAAUUUAUUUGUGGUUGAUAACGAAUUCCAUCGUAUACUGGUCAAAAUAUGAAAUUUUGGAUUCUAUUGAGUCUAUCUGUAUCUGUAAACUAUCUUCAACUUGAACUUCUGAAACUUUUGGGAUUAGAUAUUUAUUUAUUUAGCGUAUGGAAGAUACAAAAAACAUAAUAUAAGAGCUCAUAAGUCUCAAAUGCUUUCAUAUUCACUGUAUAUUUCCAAUUUCUUUGAGAUGUGUUUUUUUUUUUUUUGGUUAGGAGAACAUAAGUUUGUUUAAAGGGAUUAGAUAAAAACAGUGUCAUAGAGUGUUUUGUAGUGAAAAAGACAUUAGAAUUCUAUCAAUAGUAUUUAUUUUAAUACAAUACUUGCUAUUCUGAGAUUAGUGUAGAACGUGGCAAUUGUAAUACAUUUAAGGGCCCCAUACACCAGGGAUCUUGGAUUGGCGAAUUUGGUUCUUGCGAACCAAGUUCCCCAGUGUAUGUGGAAAAUUGGCGAACCGCGAAUCAAAUUCGUGACGAAUUUGGUCUUCAAUCUGGAUUAAAAACUUGGUUCGGUUCGUCCGCCAGGGCGAUAAAUUCUAACUAUAUUCAAUAUAUUUUCUUCCCACACCAGCUUACUUUGAAAUACUCAUCUCUUGACCCCGAAAGACACUGAAGUAACGGACGGUUGUUCGCUCUCCCCACUACAGUGUGUGGACAAAUCCUACACGAACUUGGUUCCCCGAACCAAGUUCGCUGAUCCAAAUUCCCUAGUGUAAGGGGCCCUUUACUUUGAAUUCGUUUUUUUGUUCUAGCAUAGAGAAAAGAUAGCACAAGAAUUCUAUCUUUUCUCUUAGUUCCACACAUUUGUGUUACCAUAGGUUCAGGUUUAUUAAACCUAUUAGGUUAACCGUAGUUUAACUUAUAUUAAACUUAGUUUUACCGUACUUCUUGAACAAGUGCAAAGUAGUAGGUGCUGAUUUAUUUGUAGUUAUUGAAAUGAUUAGAAGCUCUACUCAGUAAUAACUGAGUGAUAUCAUAGAGAAAAGAUAUCAUAAGAAGAUAUCCAAUGGUGUAGGGCGUUUAUGUUCUAAAUUCCACUGUUAACUCAUGCCGAAAGUCCUAGUAGUUGUUUUUGUGAAUCUAUGUGACGCUGGUAGUCUCUCAUACUGUGCCGUUCUUACACUCUCACCCCAACAAAACAGUAAUAAUAGACAGUAGUCGACAGUAAUCGGCUUGAGAUAACAAAAAUUGGGAACAUAAACGACCUAUACCAUGGGAUAUCUUCUUGUUCUAUAUUUUCUCCACGGUGAAAUGCAGUGCUAUUAGCAAGAUCUUCAGCCAAAUGUAAAAUAUACACAUUUUUAAUGGAUAAAUAGUUGGUUAUGAUAAGAGUUUCUGUCAUUUUGUUCACAAUACUCUUCUUCAUCGUAAUAGUCAUGUACAUUGUAAUAUUUAUUCGUUUUUCAAACCUCCUUGAUCCUUAUGGAUCACCCGUUAUAAUAAUAUUAUACUGUAUUAUUAAUGAAUUUAAUUAAUUAAUAAAUAUUGCAAAGUUUACCAAAGUUAUGUGCCUCUUACUAUUAUUUUAAAUAAUAAUUAUUGAUUUUGUAGUUGUUAGUUGAGUUUUUGAAAUUGGUGUUUUGAAAUAAAUGAAGUUUGUUGAAGA